ACUGUGCUAACCAUAAGAUGCGAAUCGAAAAUCGUCUUUCAGAAUACUAUCUGAUUUAUUCUUACUCUACCCAUUCAGAAAAACAGUUGUGCGUAAAAUGUUUGUUACAAUUUUUUUCUUUGUGUGUUGUUUCACUACUAGAGCAUACGCACAAACGGUCCAUCCGAGCUGUGCUCAGAUGGAUUUCAACAAUGAAGCUGCUCUUGCCGUUUUCGAAUCUUGCGAGGAUUUAAGUAUGCUUGGAAUAAAAUCAUACGAGGACGUUCCUCUUAACCCACACAGAAGUGAAGCGAACUAUCAUAUGAGUAACAUAGAGAUUGGAUGGUCAUGUGUUAGAACAACGCAAAAGUUCAAUUUGGAUAUCAAUACCGAAAUCGACUUAAUAAUAUAUUUAAACUCGAAUCCAGAAGACUCUAUAUCAGCUGUAGAAAUACUAGCAUUUGAUACAGAGGAAGGCGACGUAUAUACGUUUGGACGCAUUGGUGUAUCAGACGAUUGGAAAGUUUUUCAAACAAAGUUUUCUCAGUAUGUAAACAACGCGAAGAUUGAAAUUCGUGUAAAUACAUCUGCUGAUACUCUCCUGGCUAUUGAAUAUUUACAAAUUGUAAAUCCUUACAAGCCCGAACUAUAUUGUAAAAGAACUAUCACAACAACAACAACCACAACUACUACAACAGCGCCAACAGACCCCACUACAACUGAGCCUGCAACAACUGAGCGCGAUACAACAACUGAGCCCGAUACAACAACUGAGCCCGAUACAACAACUGAGCCCGAUACAACAACUGAGCCAGAUACAACAACUGAGCCAGAUACACCAACUGAGCCAGAAACAACAACUGAGCCCGAUAUAACACCUGAGCCCGAUACAACAACUGAGUCCGAUACAACAACUGAGUCCGAUACAACAAUUGAGCCCGAUACAACAACUGAGCCCGAUACAACAACUGAGCCCGAUACAACAACUGAACUUGAUACAACAACUGAACUUGAUACAACAACUGAGUCAGUUACAACAACUGAACUUGAUACAACAACUGAACUCGAUACAACAACUGAGCCCGAUACAACAACUGAACUCGACACAACAACUGAGUCCGAUACAACAACUGAACCAACUGAGCCUGACACCACAACUGAGCCUGACACCACAACUGAGCCUGACACCACAACUGAGCCUGACAUCACAACUGAGCCUGACAUCACAACUGAGCCUGACAUCACAACUGAGCCUGACACUACAACUGAGCCUGACACCACAACUGAGCCUGACAUCACAACUGAGCCUGACAUCACAACUGAGCCUGACACCACAACUGAGCCUGACACCACAACUGAGCCUGACACCACAACUAAGCCUGACACCACAACUGAGCCAGACACAACAACUGAACCCAUUGAACCCGAUACAACAACUGAACCUGACACAACAGAACCUUAUACAACUGAGCCUACUGCAACUGAACCAAAUACAACUGAGCCACCAGAUUCUGAUACUACAACAGAUUCAAAUGACUCAACCGUAUGGAUUAUAUUAUCCUUUACAUUUUUGUUAACAACAGUUAUUGCUGCUGCUACAUUACUUUAUCUUGUAUAUUUGUACAAGACAGCUAUUGUAGCGAGUAAUACUUUGCAGGCGUCGUCUACCACAUCGUCAACGCUGCCACGACUCACUGUGGCUCAUGGAUACGACGGAAGGCAUAUAAUAGUAGGAAUGAACGGCUCAGCAAUGAAACCGAAAUAUGUCUGAUGAGUUCCGUGGCUGCGCUGGACAAAAGUAAAAACACAAAAGUAUCAAUGUGAUAA